AUGAUGACUAAGAAGGUUGGAAAGGAAGGCUCUAAAAGCCAAAAGACGAUCCACUCAGAGAAUUUGUCGACGCUUGCAUUUUAUAGGAAUAUUAUUGGUUGUGUAACAGUUGUAUACUUCAUUCUUACCUUCCUCUUUUUUUGGGAUAAAUUUAUACUUCGAUACAUUGUAUUGACUUCCAUGUGCUUCAUUACAAAUAUCCUUGCCUACCAAUUCAUGUCAUAUGUUUCUACUCCACACUAUGCAAUGGACGAGCGUGGUAACAAUGUUUUAGUCGAUGCUGGGAUGGAUCUAAAUAUUGGUCCCGGCAGUCUUGCCGAACAUGCAAAGGAUCUCAUUUUAACUUGCACUAUUGUGCAGUCUUUAGCUAUUAUUCAUAAUGGAUUUUGGCUGUUUCUUCUAUUCAUUCCCGGUCGAAUCUUCUACCUCUUUUGGGUACAUAUUCUUGCUCCAUGGAUUUUCGAUCCCAACCAAUCUCCACAAAUUAGUGAAAAAAAGCAAAAGAAACAGGAACGCCGGCUCAAGCGAAUGCAAAAUAUGGGUCGAUAA